AUGACGGGCCUCCAACUUCCAGAACAGGAGCUUGGCAAGCAACAGAGAAGGAUGACCUCGCCGGCGGGCUCGUUGAAUCCACCAGAUGGCGGGCGAAGACCUUCCCCUCGCCCCCCUUCGCCUCUUCGAAACGGCUUCGUAAUGGACAGCUCGACUGGGAUAGAUCCUCAUGCCGACGAUUCAGACGACGAGGAAGAUGAUUCACCCAAAUGGAAACGAUCACCGUCACCUUCAUCGUCGGUAUCCAAUCUUGCGGCAAGCUUCGUUCAGCGUGUCAACAACUUCGUGGGUGGGAUCGCGCCGAAGUCCCCUGGGGCGAUGCCAACCGACGCAGAGCUCGAAGCCGAGGCAGAACGGGAGCGUGAGCGGAGCCGGCGUGAGGCAGAGGCGAUCUUGACUAGGGAGGCACAACAACGCCAACUCGUCGAGGAGCGCGUCCUUGCUAUGAUGGAGACGACCAGGGCACUACCACCACCUCCGUCGCGCUCUCAGACGCUGCCUAAUCCACCUUCUCCGUCGAAUUCCUCCAAAGAGACUAGCUGGUGGACAGCAGCGAAGAACAAGCUGACUCCGACCAAGGAGAAAGACCUCACUCCUGCUCAGCAGAUCAUCCAAGAAACCAAAGCACGAGAGAAGGAUAAGAAGGGCAAAGGGAAGGAGAAGGAGAAGGAGCGGUUAGCGGAGUGGCCCGCAAACCCACAGACGAAGUACAACGAUCCUGCCUUUACCAACCUACAUAUCCCAGUUGCUCCUCCAACGAGGAAACCUGUCCCCCCUUCUCCCUCGUCUCCUACCCCUUCUCGCCCCAGCAUGUCGAACAUGGCACCCAAUUUGACGCCAUCACCCAUGCGAGCUACCGAUAGCAUCAGUUCCUCACCCUCGCGAGAAGCCCCUCCCCUUUAUGCCCAAUUCAACGCUCAAGGAGCCUUGGACAUUCCUGGAACGCUGCUAGCCAUUGCCAAGCGGUUUGAGAAGCUGGAGAAGUGGACAGUGGGACAUGUUCGUGCUCUGGAGGAGCGGAUGAACGAUGUGGAGAAGUGGUUGGUCGACAAGGAGAAGGAAAAGGAAGAGGGUACCUCUAGCCCAGCACCUUCGCAAGAUGUCCAGCACGAACUCCAAGAAGUGCGCGAAGAACUCUCAGAGUUGCAAGGCCGCCUCGGGGAACUGGGUCGGGAGAUGGCAAAGAUAGUCACUGCGCCCUCCAAUCUGUCGUCAGGACCCAAGGCACAAACGGCCACGAUGUCGGCUACUCCUCAGCCAACAACAUCGAUGCUCGUGCAGCAACAUACAGGCUCUUCGAUACCUAGCACACCGCACACACGACUUUCCUCAAUCACGGCGCGUGAAUCAACUAGCCCACCUAUGGCCUCCUCAAGGCGAACACCAUCUGGGACGCGCCUCCCAUACCCACAAGGAGAUUACACCUCACCCCCUGACGCGUUUUCUCCUCCUAACUCUCCUCCUGGAUCCCUGAACUCCAAGAGUCGAACACGUCCACUUUCUAUUUCAGGCCUGCCGAACACAGGAAGUCCACUACAUACGUCGGCAUCGUCGACAUCCUUGUCGUCAAAUUAUUCUCUAGGGCGUACGACAUCACCUACGCCUGCCGCCGCCGCACGAACUGUCAGCCCUUCUCCUUCGGAGAAAGGGCUGCCUCCACCCAAGAGCGGUAGUCAACGUCAAACCAGCGUCAGCCCAACGCCACGGAAACGGUACACAGUCGCUCUCGGUGGUCCCAUUGUUGCCCCGGACGACCUUUCCUCCAAUGCUGCCAGUGCCGACUCGGACCCACCAAAACGAAGUGGCACGCCGAGGUCCUUCUCCCGACCCCAGUCCUCCAUCGAGUCGACAUUCUUCUCUUCAACAAAGAAAGCCGAAGACGAGGACGAGGACGAUGAUGAUAAGGAAUUCGGUGGAGACACGAUUGGCAAAUCUGCUGCUGCACGUCUGACGAGCAGUGCGACAUUCGCUGGAGGACCAGGCCAGGGCGAUUACAAGUUGGCUACUUCAAGCUCACCUUCGCCCUCGCCUCUUUCGAAUAGGCGGCUCCGCGCACAAUCAGCAUAUGGAUUUUCGAGCAUCCCUGGUGCAAGCGGCUCUGGUCUGGGCUCAAGCCCAACUUCUGCUGCCAAUCCCACACAAUCGGUCGCGCCACUGAAGCUCAAAGCUCGAUCCAAGUCUACGGAACGCCUCAAUACGAAUGCCACUAGGACCGGCGACGGCAUGGUCAGUGCGUUAGGCGGGUCCACCAGGUUCGUCGAUCCGCUUGUGUUGCGGAAACAGAGCAGGGAUAGUGUGAAGCCCAUUGCGAUGCCGAAGCCGAUUGGGAAGGUGCCUAUUGGACAGCUGGUCAAGUUCUUCGAUGGGGAUAGGGAUAAGAAGUGA